AUGGUCGUCUGGAAGCGUCACGGUCAGACCUUUUUCUUCGACAACGCCGUCUUCAACGUCAAGCGAAACGACACCUGGGUCAACAACUUCUUACAGCUCGGUAGGGAUGUCCAGAAACUCCUCUGCAAUGUCUCCUGGCAGUACCUCUCUGGCGGCGAUGUCAUCGUCGCCCUCGGUGUCUACUCCAAGCCCAGCCACUUUGAGCACAUCAUCCACACAAUGGACCUCAGUGACGCCAAGCACUGCUGGACCGACCAUGCUCUCAAGUUACCUCAGCAGCCUAUACGCUUCCUCAGACUCGACCACUCUUACGAGCAGCAUAUCGAUUACAACAUCAACUCGGCAUCCUUGUCCGCGUAUGCCUCACCAUCUUCCGCAACAGCGGCAGCUCCUUUAGCAACACCUGUUCAGAAGAACGGCAAGCGUGGCCUGGCAUACACAAACGCCUCGUUCACACUACCGUACUCCCUCUCCGGGCAGAACUCCCGAGUGUCAUGGGGCUACAACUGGUACUACUCACGCUAUACCGAUAACGUCAACACCACGAACCCAGCAAUUCGUUUCAUUCCCCUCCUCUUCAACGAUGCCGAAGACGUCAUGUCCGUCUGGCCUGAAAAGGCCCAAGCAGCAAUCGACAACGGGGCAGAUGCCCUGAUGUCGUUCAAUGAGCCUGAUGUCUGCUAUCCCGGCUCGGCCUGCAUGACAGUCAAUCAGUCCGUCACCGCAUACAGAAAAGCAAUGCAACCUUUUGCAGGCAAGAUCCGUCUCGGUGCCCCAGCAGUCACAGACGGCGGAGCGCCCAUAGGUCUGACCUAUCUAAGCGAGUUCAUGGGCAACUGCACCGACUGCACCGUCGACUUCAUCAACAUCCACUGGUACAACAACGUCUACGCUUUCAGCUACUUGCAAUACUACGUCCAGCAAGCAUACAAGCAAUUCGGUCUCCCCAUCUGGAUCACCGAGUUCGGCAUCGACGGGAGCGGUGGUACGGAUGCUCAGUAUCAGGCUUUCCUGCAGCAGGCGUUGCCGUGGCUGGAUGCCGUGCCGUAUGUCGAGCGCUAUGCUUGGUUCUUGGAUGCCCCGGGAUACCUGAUAAAUGCGAAUGGGAGUGAACUGAGUGCCCAAGGAAUGAUCUAUAAUUCUUAUACUGCUGCUUGUCCGAACUGGAAUAACACUGAUGGGCAUUGUUAG